AUGCCUGUCAUCUCGCGCCUUGUAUCCAUCAUCCUCCGCAUUGCGGAAAUCGGAUUUGCUGCUGUCGUUGCAGGUGUCAUCGGACACUACCUUGCCAAAAUCCGCCACGCUCCUGGCGAUGUUGACUGGUGGGGCCAGUCCCGAUUCAUCUAUUCUGAAGUGAUUGCCGGCAUAUCGAUACUGCUAGGUCUAAUCUGGCUGAUACCCUUCUCAUCGGGAUUCUUCUCUUGGCCUUUGGAUAUUCUCAUUUCCUGCGCUUGGUUCGCUUCCUUCGGUGUCCUUGUUGACUAUAUCAAACGCCAGGCCUGCGGCGGCAUUUGGUCCUGGCAUUUCGGCGGAUGGGGUAGUGAGUCGUUAUGUGGCACGUGGAAGGCUGCCGAAGCAUUCAGCUUCCUUUCUGCUAUCGUUUGGCUUGCUUCUGGUCUUGUGGUAGGUGUUCUUUCAUUUAUUGAGUGUCGGCCUUGUACUAAUAUUCGUUCUCAGGGCAUUUGGUUCACAUUCCGUACCCGCCCGAGUACUACUGAUGGAACUCACCGCCGUCGUUGGGGUCGUUCGGCCGUCUAA